AUGGACACGAAAGAAUGGCUGGAUGUUAAGCAUAAAAAUGAUGACAACGUCAAAGGGGGCCAAACCAAGUCCUCAAGAACGGACAAAUGGCAAAAACCAGGAGCAGAAUGGGUCAAAUGCAAUUAUGAUGUCUCUAACCAUGCGGGAAGACAAGACUCAGGCCUCAGAUGGAUUAUUCGAAACUCACAAGGAACCUGUUUGGACUGCGGCUGCGGGAAAUUUCAGGGUCGACAAACAAUAAAGGAAGCUGAAUGCACUGCCCUCAUAUGGGCAAUACAAUGCGCUUGGGAUUUGGGAUAUAGGAGAGUAGAAUUUGAAGGCGACAACAUCACAGUUAAUCGCCUUAUUCGAAACAAAGAAACUAAUCCACGACUUCGAUACUAUUUGGAAUUCAUUCAACAAUGGAGCAAAGCUUUCACCACUGUGAAGUUCACAUUUCGACACCGGGAACAAAACGUUUGUGUUGAUGUUCUGGCGAAAAAAGCAGUAGCUAAUCAUAUAAAUCAUACUCUAUAUCAUUUUUGUCCUAGAUUUCUAAUGUCGUUUGUAAACAAAGAUGCUGAACACGUGAAUUAA